UUAAUUAAAAUUCUGAUACAGUGAACUUUCUUUUUCUCGAAUUCACAAGGGAACAAUUUUUUUUUGAGAUAGAAAAAGCUCAAUGUAAAGAAAGAAAAUUCUGCUCGAAAGUCACGGAGAAUGGAGUGCGUUUUUGACAUAAGAAAAGUUUGAAACAAAUGUUAUUGAAGAUUUAUUUUAUCUAAGGUUUGUUAAAUUCUAAGAAUGUCAUCACCGAGAGAAAGAACGAUGAGUUCGCAAUUUAAUAUUAUUUUUCAAUUAAAAGCUUUUCUUUCUAAGAAUAUAAAAAAACUUGAGACAACUUAGAAAUCAUUGUAACUUACCAAUUUAAAUCUUUGCAAAGCAUUGUAAAGCUAACCUUGUCAAAUCUUGUCAACAAGAAAUUGGAGAAUAUAAAAAAAUGUUUGCAUAACAAACAAACUCAUUCUAAAUGUUUAAUGAUCAACAAAUGUUGGAAAUUUCACCAGAAAAUUCUAAAUAAUUUGAUCCAGCAGGGUUGUAAAGUCAAAAGUAUGUACUGUUAUAUUGAUUUAUGUCUAAUGCUAUUUUUAGUAUAAAAUGCGUUCAUUCCUGCUCUGUUAGUUUAAAAAAUCAAAAGAACUGAAAAAUGUCUGGAGGGUUUCCUUUUGAAGUCGCUCAACAAGCGACCCGAGAUUUGUAUUGUCUUAUUUGUCUUAAUCUCAUGAGAGAUGCUUUGCAGCUAAAAUGUGGUCAUGGAAUGUGCAAGACAUGUUUAGAAGACCUAGAAAAGAGCAGCAUCGAAAGGAAAUUUGGUUUCGUGUGUCCAACUUGUCGACAAGAAAUAGACAAAAGCACUGUAACUCCAGCUGCGAUGAUAAAUAGAAUCAUUUUAUCAUUGAAAGUUAAAUGUGAACACUCGGACAAAGGAUGUGAAUGGAUUGGUGAGCUAAGUAACACGGAGAUUCAUUUACAAAAACAAUGCGCAUUUCAACUUAUAUGUUGUACUUUUGAACUUUGUGAUAAAAUGAUAGAACGGCACGAGCUGUCAAACCACGAAGAGAAGUGUCCUUACAAGCCAGAAACAUGUCAGUUUUGUCAAUUGGUUGUCUUACGUUUAGUAAUAGAGGAUCAUUAUCAUACCUGCGGAAAGUUUCCAGUAAAAUGUCCAAAUAACUGCUCAGAUGUAAUGAUGAAAAGAGAGGCGGUGGAACAUCAUCGAGGACUUUGUCAGGAAGAAAUUGUAUCAUGCGAAUAUUUCGCCUUUGGUUGCAGUUAUUCGUGCUCCAGAAAAUGUUUAUCAAAACAUUAUGAUGAUUCUUUGCGCCAGCAUUUGUCAUUAACUAUGCACAAAAUUGCUUCAAUGGAAGAAAAAAAGUUAGAAUAUAUGGACAUUAUGAAAAAAGUCGAAGGUAUGCAAGUGGCGAAAAGAGAAUUUGAGAGUAUGCAAGGAAUGAAAGACAAAUUUGAAGCUAUGAAAAUGGAGUUAAAAUCUAUGCAAGCAAUGAGAUAUGAAGUCGAAGCUAUGAAAAGGGAAUUCGAGGCCAUGAAGGUAAUGAGAUAUGAAUUCGAAGGUAUGAAAAGGGAAUUCGAAGUUAUGCGAGUAAUGAGAGAUGAACUCAAAGCUAUGAAAAGAGAGGUCAAAUCUAUGCAAUUAUUAAAAAAUGAAUUCCAAACUAUGAAAACAGAAUUCGAAACCGUACAAGUCAUGAAAGACGAAUUUCAAGAUGUGCAGACAAUAAAAGAGGAGUUUGAGAGUGUGAAAAAAAUGACGAAAAAAUUUAAAGAUUUGCAAGCUGAAGAAACAAAUUGGUGCUUAAACAAACUUCUCCUGAUGAUAAAGGGUAUAUUAGCAGAUAAGAAACGCGGACUUGCGCCAUUUUACAAGUCUUCUUUGAAAAGAUUUGAUUUAACCUUCGGUCUUUUCUUUGAUAAACUAUAUAAUUUGAAGUCAAUGUUAGAAGAAUUAGAUACUGGUUGUCUUUUAGAAAAAUGCUUGUCAGAAGGCAUGUUGCAGAUGAAAAAAGAUAUUUUCAUCUCUGAUAGUCAAAGCGAAUAUUUGAAGGCUGAAGUCAGAAAGGAAUUCGGAAAGUUAGUUACACUUGAAAAAGAGAAAUAUUUUAAAUCUGUUUUGACUAAAGAAAAAAGAUUCGAGGGCUUACUAAACGUGAUGUUCGAAAACGAACGAUAUAUUAGUCGAGGAGAUUUUUUCUACAAAAUAAAACGUAAUGUUACAAAAUCUAUAAAUGACGACAUUUUUUCCUGUUCCAUUAAAACUCAAGACAUUUCAUUGGAGGUAAAGUUACAACGACGUGAAGAAGAAUUUGUAGAAUGCAUUUUUUAUAACAAAGAACUUAAGGAGCAUCACAUUGAACUUAAACGUUCGUCAUAUCUACCUUUCUAUACAGAUGGAGAUUGCAUUAUAUAUCGAUAUAAGGAAGACCUUAAAAAUUUGUGUGAUUUUAUUGUUAAUAAUAAAAUGCUACUUAGAUUGUCAUUUCCACAUUAGUAACACGAUGAUACUAUCACGGGAUAACUACUAGUCUAUUAUAUUAUUACAGUAAUCAAAUGUGUCUGUGAUAAGAAAAUGCGAUUUUAUGGUUUACAAUUUCUUACAACAGCAUUUCUGUAUUUUAUAGCACUUUUGUUUACAUUUUUAAUUUGCUAAAACAUAUCAUGUGAUAAAAAUGAAGUGAUUUCAUCAGCAAAUAGUUUUAUUGCACGACUAUUUGAAUUUACACAAUUGUAACUCUAUUUGGGGCGGAGGGACACACCAUUCACUCCAAUAUUUUUGAAGUUACUUCUGAAACAUACUGUUUUAUAGGCUGAUGGUGAAAUUAGGUUAUUUUUAGUUAACAUUUUUAUUUAGCAUAGCCUUUAAAUAUUCUUAUCAAAAGUUAAUGGUAAAUUGAAGUAAUGUUUCCUUCUAUCAAGUAAUUUUACACGUCUAAAACGUUUCCG